AUGAAAACCCUAUUUGCUGCAGAUAUUGCAUUGGUUCGGAAGGACUUGGGGGUAAUCACAGCUCGACUGCAAUCGUUGGAAGACUCUGGUGACACUGCGCACUGCGGGCAGGAUGCUCAGCAGUCCGAGCUAGACAAGCUCAAGCAAGCAAAUCUCCUCAUGGAAGGCAGAAUAGCAGUGCUGGAAGACUCCAAGCGACAACGCAAUCUCAAGAUUUGGAGCGUCCCUGAGGAUGUUACGGACUCCGAAAUCCCUCACUACCUCCGCCGCCUGCUAAGCAGCGUACUAACACCAUCCAAAGCUAAAGCGAUCUUGCUAGACAACUACUUCAGGAUCCCAAAACCAGCUAAGGCCCCGGACGGGGCUUCCAGGGACUUGCUAAUAUGCUUUCAAUCACUGCGCAGUAAGCAGCUGGUACAAGCAGCCAUCUGCGACGCACCUUCAUACCAUUUCGAAGGAGCCGACCUUACCUUCUUUAACGACCUGACGCGGUCCACCAUUGUCUGGCAGCAAGCCCUCCGUCCAUUAACCCAGCACUUGAGACAGCACGAGGUGGCAUACUGCUGGGGUCCAGGCCGCAAACUUACUGUGCUUCACGACAGAAAGAGAAUCCCGCUACAGCAACAAUCGGAUGCAAGGAAAUUCUUCAAGGCACUGGGGCUGCCUACUCCAGAGGCCCAGCAGGCACACACUCUAGGUGCGGACUCCCAACCAUCGACCCAGAUGUGGGACGUGAGAAAUGUCCGACCCUUCUACCCGAAAACAAGACCCACAGCAGUGGAAUCAAACCUGGUCGGCACUUCAGAUUUGUCUCCGGCACAGGGACAGUCCUUCUAA